GUUGUGCGGAUAGUGUCGUCCGGAUACUAGACAGAACACAUGAUUUUUUAUUUGAGGGUGUUAAAAAUUUUUUUUUAUUCUUAAGUGAUGUUAUUUUUCCUUAACGUCACGUAAAAUAUUUUUUUUUUUUUAAGUGUUCGACAAUACUAAACAAGGAUCUCAUUAAAAUUAUCACUUACAAAAAAUUGGUCCAAAAUGGCCGAAAAUUUACUAGCUAAUCAAUCCAACAUUCAAUUGUUUUUCAAAAAUAAAUCUGUAUUCAUCACUGGUGGAACUGGUUUUUUGGGAAAAUUAAUAAUCAACAAAUUAAUAAGAUCAUGUCCUCAACUAAAAUCCAUAUAUAUGCUUGUAAGAGGCAAAAAAGGAAAGAGCGCUCAAGAAAGAUUAGAGGCUAUGUUUGUUUUACCGAUCUUUAAAGAUAUCGAUCCAAUUAAGUUGAAGAAAAUAUUCGCAAUAAGCGGAGACUGUAGUCAGCCAAAUUUUGGUAUGUCUAGUGACGACAUGAAUAUUCUAAUCAAAGAAGUCAAUGUGAUAUUCCAUAGCGCUGCCACAGUACGAUUCGAUGAACGUCUUGACAUUGCUAUUGGUAUAAAUAUAAUAGGUGCAAGAGAAAUGAUCAAAUUAGCUAGAAAAAUAGAAAAUCUCGAAUCAUAUGUGCAUGUAUCUACAGCUUUCUCCAACUGUUAUAGAAAACAAAUAGAUGAGCGAUUUUAUAAUUUACCGUACAGCUAUGAAAAACUUUUACAAUUGUACAAGACAAAAAGUUCAAAUAUACUUGAAAAAAUGAAACCUAUUCUUUUAGGUCCUUUUCCUAACACUUACGUUAUGACUAAAGCCGCUGCUGAACAAUUGAUCAAAAGCGAAGCCAGUGACCUGCCCAUUUCUGUAUUCAGACCAGCAAUUGUUAUUGCCACGGCCAGCGAACCCUUACCGGGCUGGAUCGAUAAUUUAUACGGACCAACAGGCAUCGUCACUGGAGUAAUGACAGGAAUCAUAAAGACACUUCCAUGUGAAAUGGAUUUCCGCACAGACUUAGUUCCAGCCGAUUUGACGGUUAAUGCUCUCAUUGCUGCUGCAUAUGACACCAACGUCAGAUUUACAGCCGAACAGAAGCCAACAGACAAGUUUGAAACUGAAAUAUAUAAUUUCGUUUCUUCGGCGGAUAACCCGCUAACAUGGGAAAUGUUUGCCGACACACUAAUGACCCACAUAGCUGAGCGACCGACGGUCAAGGCCAUGUGGUAUCCGACGUUAAUAACUCAUUCAUCUGUUAUUCUGCAUAAACUGACCGUGCUCGUUUUACAUUUUUUGCCUGCUUUCUUAUUGGACUUGGUUUUUAUUGCUACGGGGAAAAAACUUAGAAUGGUAGACCAAUAUAAAAAAAUUGAGAAGUUCACUGAUAUAUUGGUGUACUUUUCUACGAAGGAAUGGAAUUUCAACAACAUGAAUGUGAAAAAAUUGUUGGGACGAUUAAGUGAAACUGAUAAAGCGUUAUACCCAUUUGACCUAAAACAGCUGAAAUGGAAUGAUUACUUACACACUUACCAUGAAGGAAUUCUCAAAUUUUUACUAAAUGAAGGUCCAGAAAAAUUACCAGCGGCUAAGAAACGUCUUAAGGGAUUGUACAUUUGUCAUUUAAUUUUCAAGGGUGCCGCUUAUAUAGGCUUCAUCAUGUUGGCGUGGACAAUAGUGAAAAACAUUUUCUUAGUAUAAACUAAAAAUUUAUAAACAUGAAAUUAAAAAACUAAAAUAUGGCUAAAUAUUUUCAGAGAAGUUCUUAAAUUUAUUUUAAUCAUUAAAAUAUAUUUUAAGUUGCUUUGAAACAAAUCAAACAAAAAUAUUCUUAUGAGUUAAUGUAAAUUUUUUAUUUAUAUAUAUAGCAUAUUAUUGUAAAGAAAUGUAUAAUAUUUAGUUGUAAAUUAUUUAAUAGAACCGACAUAAAUUUAGGAUGUUCCUACAUUAAUGAA